CCUCUCCUCUGUCGUAUCCUCACCCCAUCAGGCCACCGUCACAUCCAUCUCGCUCUCCGGUCCAGUAGGCUGGAUGAAUCCCCUUAGCUCGCCCAUGUCCCUGUCCGUUUGUCGUUCCUUCCCCGCAGCGCUGAACGCUCAGGGCCCUCUGCCCCGCGGCCUGCCAUGAGAAUCGGACGAGGAUGUGAGCGUUGUCGCCUUCGUCAUAUUCGGUGCACUACUCGCGCUGGCGCCUCGGCUUGUAAUGCCUGCACUCGUCUUGGACGGGUUUGUCGCCUGGAUCCGCCCUUUCGGUUCAAAGCCGUUCGUCAUGUGUUCCAGAAGAGUAAUGGCAUAGCCUCCAAGUUCGAGCUAGCUUGGGAUCCGCGCCAAACAUGGGUGGAUCUGCCUCAGUCAUUAACCUUCGUCCAAGAAUCGUCCGACGACUCGGAAGCGGACAACAGCACCGAUGCUUUGCCGGAUAACCCAGACGAGAACCAACUGACUUCCGACGAAGCCGCGAUCGAUAUUCCGGAUAAUAUUUCCAUACUUGCCCACUUGCCCUUCCCAGAAGUCAUAUUUUCCCAAGAUGAGGGCAUCCGCCCUCCCCAUGUCGGGGCGUCAAGUCCCCCAGUACAGACCCCUGUCUUUGAGGAUCAUUCGCUCGCUCCAUCGUCUUCAGGUCUUUCUCCUCCGGUUGCUCAUGUUGUGUCGCCUCUGGCGUCUGUGAGCACGUGGACGGGCUCAACCUCACCGCUCAGCUCGGUGAGCCCCCGUCCGAGCAGCUCACCGCCGAUGAGCUCUCGGGAAGCACAUCUACUACGACUGUUCAUCCAGAAAAUCGCACCAUGGGCCGACAUAUGCGAUCUUCGGUCCCAUUUCAGUACCGAGGUCCCCCGCCGCGCCCUGCAGGUUCCUAUGGUCCUUAAGGCAGUCCUUUGCCUUGCAGCACGACACGACGCAAUUAUGGCCGACUCCAGUGACUGGGAAGCCUCCGAAUACCACGGCCAGUGCCUCGAGCUGCUCAUCGCUGCACUAGCUCUACCAGAAGACACAUAUGACGACAACCUCCUCAUUACAGUGGUCACCCUUCGGAUAUACGAAGAGCUCGAACGUGCAACAGAUGAGAAAUGUCACUGGGUCGGGUCAAACCGACUGCUCAACACCAUGUCCAAGUCUGCCUCUUCGGGGGGUCUCGCCGAAGCGGUAAGCUGGCAAUUCCUCCGCCAGGCUAUCUAUGCUUCUCUGGUGCAACACGAGCCAAUGCAGCUCAACCUAGCAAAUUAUGAGCUGUCGUCUGUAUUUCGGCGCCGUGAUGAUGCUUCAUAUGCCAAUGUCAUCAUCUUCCUUUGUGCAAAGAUUAUCCAGUCCUGCUGGGGAUCACCUUGCAGCGCAGUUGAUGAUAGCGAGUGGCAGCAUCUGUCCGACAGCGUGGAAGAAUGGCAUCGCGUGCGCCCGAUUAGCUGGCAGCCCUUGCAAUACAAGGAUCCGAGUGCGGACGAAAAUCGACCCUUUCCGGAAAUGUGGAUUAUGUCCCCACCAGCAGUGGUUGGUUUACAAUAUUAUCACGCCUCACGGAUCCUCCUUACCUCGUCACAUCGACACUGGGGUGUAGGUAGUUCUUAUGAGCUUGCACGGUUGAGGCGGAUUGAAGAGAAAACCAUUGCAUUCCAUCUAGUCAGUGUGAUCGGGCUCUCAACGUCGAAUGAAACCGUGGAGAAUGCAUACUUCAUGGCUUGCCAUUUAUUGCAUCAAUAUGGCUAUUGCCUGCGUCACCCAUCUGAGCAACAAGGAUCCUUGAAGUUCCUCCAUCGGGUAGAGAAAGUGGUUGGGUGGCGGACUACCUGGAUGAUCCGAGAGCUCGAGACUCAGUGGACAGAACUGGCAAAGAUGGAUCGAUGGAGGGGGGUGCAAGCUUAAUUCAGAUACUUAGACACCCAUCUCAUGAUGUUGGGAAACAGGUCUAGAUGAUGAGAUGGUCUAACGCGAAAUCAUAGCAAAUAAGAGCUACUAGAACGUCAGUAAGAGAUGCAUGAAAAGAAG